UCGACAUGCUCUCCCCGCUCUCUUGGCAAUCUGUCUCGACUCUCCUUCCCAGGGAACUUGGAAUUGCCUGCCGGUGCACACUUAUCAGCCCAGGUGUCCGAUUAUCCUGGUGGAGAGCACUGCCACACCAACUUGCUCGUAAUUUUGCCCCCUCAGCGACGUCCAAAGCGUCGCGCCGGAGUAACUGACAGAAAUACAGCGGAUACAUCGAACUGUGAGGACAUGGAGCACUCUUUCUUCUGCAACGCCGGUGAAGCCGAAUCCGUGGUCGGGUGAAAGGGUCGCGCAGUAUCGGUCGAUAUCAGAUAUCAGGGUUGGAGUAUCAGCGGGCCAGGCCAGCCUCACUCGCUCUCCCACUGUGGUGCCGAACGCCGGGUCUCAAGACAGCUACAGGCACGACCACCGUUGCGCAGGCCUCACCCUACUGUCGCCCUCUCCCUUCCCUCACUCCCUGACGAAGGUGUCCUCGCCCACAUCCACUCCACAUGGCUCUCAUCGUCGCUUACGUGACUUAGCCUCUAGACACCCGCCUGCCACCGCAUCACCUUUAUAACCUGCCUCGUCUUGACCCUCCCCAACCCGCACCCAAACGCCACCCACAGCGAGGAGUCUUAAGGUGAUGUGCGCCCAUCCAGGUGUGCCGGGAGUGGCGUCUACAUUACUGGCUCGUUCACUGGGUGCUGCCUGGAGGUGUCGGUGCGUGCGACGUGAGGGACACGGGAGCGAGGAUUGUGUGUGUCUGGAAGUCUUGGAGGCACCAGUGCCUGCCGCCGCCGCCGCCACCUUCGCCUGUCGCGCCGCGCCACCCACCACACUCUCUUGACAGCUCCGCGGCCCGCUCCCACCCCUCACCGCCGGCCACUACUCCCGACCCCCCGUCCGCCAAUAGUGCCAACCUCACUUGCGAACGUUCCUUUUGUGUUCCUCGUACUUCUGAUAAAAUUAUAUAAGUGUUAUGUAAGAAAAUUGGAACUACUUUUGGUUAACAAUGGAAAUUAUGAACAUUUUGUACAUAUAGUGGAUGUUGUAUCUUGAAAGUAUAGUUGAACCAUUUGCAGUAGUGAACCAGUGCCAUCCGCGAAUAAAAAAAAAAGAAAGUAACUUUGAAAGAUUCACUCAUGACCCUGCGGGUGGCGGAAAGCUCCUGUCUCCAACAAUACGAUUGCUUCGCCUCCACUACAAGACCAGUGUUACUCGACGUGAUGAACAUGCAACAAGUGACGUGCUCUUAGUGUGUCCCGACUUUAGAGGAGAUUAGAGAACGGAGGGGAAAGGACAAUUAAGAUGACGGAAAAGACACCACUUCACUGAGAGAGAGAGAGAGAGAGAGAGAGAGAGAGAGAGAGAGAGAGAGAGAGAGAGAGAGAGAGAGAGAGAGAGAGAGAGAGAAUCCCAGUUAUACCUAUUACUAAAAGGGUCAAAAAAGGGAGACCGUGGCGGUGUCAGUGCCGAGCAGAGCCUAUGAGCGGGCGUCUGAGGUUAAGUAAAACCUUGUUUUUUGAGGGAGGGAGUGUGCAGCCCUUCUGCCCUCCUUGGUGGAUUUGCUCCUGGCUCAGCGAGGAAACACCGUCACACCGACCGCCGGUGCACAAAUGCUUCACGUAAAUCACUGCAUGCGUACAGAGUAUGAUCUGUAGUGAACAAACAACAUCCGAGACCACUGUGUACUGUGACAGUGUGUAGUGAGUGUGCGUCCGCUGCAUCCGAAGCGUGGUAUCAGGUGAUGACGCCAGGACCUUACUCCUCCCCGCCCGGAAAACCCACGGCCCACCACCCCGUCCCUGAGUCCGGCCGCGAUCUGCACACACCGGCCCACGCACGUCUUCCGGAGUAUAUCGCUUCCUCGCAGUGAACUGUGCCUUCUGUCUUCUCUUCCUUCUCCCCACGUCUUCGUGUAGGAAAUCACCGCCAUGAACAACAACAACGUGAAUCCCAACACGCCCAUGGCGGCAGACAGCCUCGCCCUGGACACCGGUCUGCCCGCUGCUGGCGUGAGCGGGGGUGUGGGUAUGGGCGUGGGGAUCGUGACGAGCGGCUCCACGCGGCGCACCUCGCGGGUAUGGCGCUACUUCGGUAUGGUGGACAAUUGCCACUACAUCUGUCGUUUGUGUUCCUUCGUGGGUGCCUACACCAACACCACCAACAUGAGGAAACACAUCCAGCACCACCACCCCGAGAGGUUCCAGGACAUCUUGGACCACACUCGCCCCACCUCACGCCCUUACUUCGCCGGCUGUCUGCCCCGCCUCCGUCAACCUCUGCAGUACCAACAGCACAGCCAGACCCACCACUACUCCACGAGCCUGCUCUACCCUACUCCCAUGCCCUCCAAGAGAGCGAUGCUCAACAAGCCAAGUGAGAUGCCCUACCUGCACGGGGACAUGAGGAGUGACUUGGACCGCAACCUGAACGUGUCCUCGCAUGACUGUUCCGUGGCGGCAGCGGCCCAGGCGGCGGCGGCGGUCACUUGUCAGGCCUCGGUGCAGGAGCCCGCAGCCAACUCUUCCUACUCGUCUGUGAUGGGCCACACUGCUCUCUCCGCACCAGAGCCUCCAAUAAACAUGUGCGAGAUGAGCCCCGAGGAGUCAAAGUUAGUGAAGCAGCUGCUCCCCGCCCUGGCUGAGGCCACCGACUCUUCCACGGACACAGACACACCCUCGAGAGGUCUGCAGACGGCGGAGGAUCGGUCAGGCAGCGAAUUCAGCCACCAUAACAGCGAUGACGCGCCCAUCCCAGUGUCUCCCGAGCAUUUCCUUUCGGAGGGAAACGAUCAGGAUGAGGCCACGCCAGUACCUCCUACACCUAACCAGCAACAUAAGCCAGAGAGUUACCAGCUCCGGCACAACAACCACCUGACCAUUGUGCUGGAGGCCCUGGCCCGUGACGAGUCCUUCAUGGACGUGACGCUCACAGCACAGGGGCGCUCCCUCAAGGCACACAAGUCAGUGCUGUCAGCAGUUAGUUCAUACUUUCGAGGGGUGCUGCGAGACAACCCCUGCCAGCACCCGAUCAUCAUCAUGCCCAGGGAUGUACGCUUUGAGGAACUCUACAGCAUCGUCAACUAUAUAUACAAGGGGGAGAUGACUGUAGCAGCAGAGGACCUAACAUCCCUUCUGAAAACAGCAGAGAUCCUCCAAGUCUCAGGGCUGGCUCCUUCAGACUCAUCUGCCACAGUGAAUCCUCAGACUGAACCCUUAUCAAUGGGCAAUGUUCGUUCCUCGUCAAAUUCUUCCUCCUCUGUAUCAUCCUGCUCCAACAUUCCUCCAGUGUCAAGAGCAUCAAAGCCUAUCAAAAUUCCAUCCCAGAGCCAAUCAACACCACCUGCUCGGCCAAAAUCAAUAGAGAGCAUGAUAAAUCCUGCCGACUUCAUUGAUGUGGACAUGACUUGUGUAAAAGAGGAAGUGGUAAGUGAAGGAGAGGAAGAGAAAGAUGAACAUUCAAGCAAAAAGCAAUGUACCCAGCCCGCAGAGUGUUCCCAGCCAUCAGACAACACCCAACAAACAACACAGUGUUCCCAGCCAUCACAAUGCUCCCAACCCACAGAAACUGAAGCCAAAGACGAUGACGAAGCCACUAAUCAAGUUAUAUUAGGUUUUCCCUCACCUGAUGAACAAAGUUUUGAGCAGCCAAUACCAUCAACUAGUUCACAUGAAGCAGAAUUUCGAUCCCUUGGUGUAAAGUCUGACCCAGAAAAAGGAUUUAACUCACAUGCAGCCAAACCAACUGAUAACCCUCAGCCACUUCAGUGCCCUCAUUGUGAAGAACAGUAUCGGGAUGUUGAAAGCAUUGACUCUCAUUUAAGGAUCAAGCAUCCCACCAAACCAAGUUUUACGUGCAAAUGCGGGCGUAUAUUUACCAGGCAAAUACACCACCAAGCACACACCAGAAUGUGUCCAAACUCAUCUUGAACUGGUUUAUUAAUCAAAAUGAUCAGUGACUGUACUAAAUUUAUUAGUAUGGUGAUCUUAUAAAAUAUUAAGAGGCAUUAAUGGUUUAAAGCGUUAUUGAUGCACAUCUGAAUGUCGCAAAAUAACUGGAAGUAAAAACUAAACGUAAAAUCAAAAUACACUGAAGGGUUUGAGGACUGUGAUCAAACUCUCAAUGGUUACCAUAUAGGGACAUCACAAUAUUGGGGUAAAAAAUUUAAAUUCCUGACAAUAUGGGCAAUUUUGUGUAUAUAUCAAAUUACUGUAUCAAAAUAAACCAUGACAGUCAUUAUGAAGAAAGAGGUUAAAGUAUUUGUUAAGUCUGUGGCACUUUGAAUUGUAUAUAUAUAACGAAUAAUUUAAGAUUUUCUUUUUCAUGGUAGUGUGUGUGUGUGUGUGUGUGUGUGUGUGUGUGUGUGUGUGUGUGUGUGUGUGUGUGUGUGUGUGUGUGUGUGUGUGUGUGUAUCAGUGUCAUAUAUAUAAAUUUAACAGCAA